AUGGGAAACUCUAUAUCGAAGGUUAUGGUCAAGAUGUUCGGGUACCGUGAGAUGAAAAUCUUAAUGUUAGGGUUGGAUAAUGCAGGCAAGACAACCAUUCUUUACAAACUGAAGCUGAACAAGAUCAAGACGUCGGCUCCCACGGUAGGAUUCAAUGUGGAAACCGUAUCAUUCAGAAACGUCAAGUUCAAUAUGUGGGAUGUGGGUGGGCAAGAUAGGCUCCGCCCUCUGUGGAGGCAUUAUUUCCCAGCUACCACGGCUCUAAUUUUCGUGGUAGAUUCCCAGGACAUGAAACGACUCAACGAAGCCAAAGAGGAAUUGUACAGUAUAAUCAGCGACAAAGAAAUGGAAGACGUCGUGCUGUUGGUUCUGGCUAACAAGCAGGAUCUAAAAGAUGCCAUGAACCCGCAGGAAGUUUCGGACUAUUUGGAACUAAAGGAUCACCUAAACAACCAGCUGUGGUGUGUCAUCGGGAGCAACGCUUUAACGGGCCAGGGGCUGGUCGAAGGGUUGUCGUGGAUCACCAAUAAUACGAAGGCGAAAGAUAAAAAAUGA